CUGCCAGGCGACGUGAGUAAAUCGAGCGAGCGAAGCUUAUAAUACGAUUUCGGUCGAACACAACGCUGUACGAGAAACGUGCGUAUUCAACGUCAUUGUUAUUUUCCGUGCGUUUGUCGCGUGCGUAUUUGUCGUGUACUCCCUUCGUGUUAGCGCCGGUAAGCGCGAGAAAUCACGCUGUACAUCCCGCAGACAUCUACGGACGGAUGAUUCGCACGCGACAAUCCGACGGUCAGAGUCACAUUGGUACGCUUAUUGUCGUGCGAAGAGACAGUGAGCGAGUGCAUUCCCGUACGUGAGAAAGAGAGAAGAAGCGCGCGCUGCAGCACUCGUGGAGAAAGGAGCCUCUCCGUGGAAUCUCCUCACGCUCCCCUCCGACGCACUGCACAAGGUGUCGAAGGCACGUCGCCGCGCGUAUUCGACCGAAUUUCGCGGUUUGCAGGCACGAGUGGGACGGAAACAGCGAGAAAGGGAGAAAGAGUGAGUGAGGGAGAAAAAAAAAAAGAGAGGUAGACGCAUAAAAGAUACAUAGACGUAAUCAGAAGCAAUAGAGAAGGACACCGCGGUGGCGAGGAAAAGGACGCGAACAGGGCGAAGAAGGGAGACGGAAGAAGCGGCGAUCGAGUGGGAGAGAUACGGACUCCAGAGUCGCCAGACGGAGAGGGGGAAGGAGCGACGGAGUGUCGAGAAGCGAGAGAAACGUAUAGCGACCGACGGAGAAAGCGUGACAGAUAUAUCCGUUGGCGAGCGAAAGAGGUAGGAGGUGACACGGACUUGAGGCGGGUGUAUAAGAGAGACAGUGAUAUUCUGGUGGGAGCGAGUCGCGUAAUCUAGGGAGGGGAUAGAGGCGCAACCCGAGCAGUGCUGCCGUCUGUUGGCAACGUCGCGUCGCGACUCCCCACCCGGGCCAGUGUCGAGCGAGGUUCGACAGAGUUCCUACGGUAGUGUGAUUUUCCCUCGAGACGUCGUACAGUGUCGAGAACGUUCAAUCGCGAGCAGUAACGUUUCGUCUCCCUGUUCGUACUUUCCGCGCGCGUAGGGAAAAAGGAAGGAAUAUCCUCGAGCUGUAACAUAUACAGUGCGCUGUUUUCCUUAUUUCUGUUUUCUCGUAUAUAAUAACGUCCUCUCUCUCGGGCCCCUCUGUUCGCGAGAGAGAAUCGUAACGUCGUUCGGUACGCAUUCUCCCACUACCGUCAUCGAUUUCCCACGCGACGCGCUUACUCGCGCUGCACUGAGGUGAGGGAAUUCGCGAGGGUGAAGUAGGAUUCCACGGCAGAGAGCAGACGAGACACGGCAACGCCGCCCGUGGCAGCGGCGGCGGCGGCGGUGGUAACAGCAGCAGCAGCCAGCAGCGGCGACAACGGGGGACGACGGACGCGGCGCUUUACGGAACAGCGGCAGCAGGAGGCGCUGGUGCUGCGCCCCGACGGCCGUCGAUCGAAGCCCGCGUUAUCGCAAUGGCUUCCGUAAAAGACACAGCGACUUUCUUCGCGGAGGGCACCGCGACUCAAUUCGACCACGUUCUCAAACUUUACCCGCAGGCGUUGCGCCUCAAGGCCGAUCAUAAAUCGAAAAAGCCCGAGGAGCUGAUCAAACUAGAUAACUGGUAUCAGAAUGAGCUUCCGAAGAAGAUUAAGUCGCGCGGCAAGGAUGCGCAUCUCAAUCACGAGGAGCUGGUGCAAACGAUGAAGUGGAAGCAAAUACGUGGCAAGUUCUAUCCACAGCUGUCCUACCUGGUGAAGGUGAACACACCGCGCGCCGUGAUGGCAGAAACGAAGAAAGCGUUCAAGAAACUUCCGAAUCUCGAACAAGCGAUCACGGCACUGUCGAACCUGAAGGGCGUCGGUACCACAAUGGCUUCUGCCUUGCUCGCUGCAGCGUCGCCAGAGAACGCUCCCUUCAUGGCUGAUGAGUGUUUGAUGGCGAUACCUGAGAUUGAGGGUAUCGAUUAUACCACUAAGGAAUACCUAAAUUUCGUCCAGCACAUUCAACACACUGUCGAGAGGCUGAAUAAACAAACGUCAAAUGGCAAGACAUGGAGCCCACACAGAGUUGAGCUAGCACUGUGGACACAUUACGUGGCGUCUGAGCUAAAGCCGGAGUUGCUUGACGGCAUCCCGGGCUCGACGGAGAAUGGUAAUUCGCAUGGCGCCAGCAACGGCGAGGCAACGGAGCCGUCAGACGACAGCAAUCAAGAAACGGUCGCAAACGGUAAAGACACGCCGGCGGCGCUCGAUCCGGCGGCAAUCGACGAGAAUAGCACGACGACGUCUUUCACUGAGGAUUCGUUGGAUAAGCCGGCGACGCCGAUCACCGCUAGCGAUCAUGCCGUAGUAGGCGCUAGCGAAGACACGAAUGAUUCCCUCAUUACCAACGAUAGCAGCAACAAUGCGACGCCACGACCUACCGACAGCGAGGACACCGAGGAGGACUCGCAGGACGCGCAGGACGCGCAGGAGCCGCCCACUAAGAAGAGCAAGAAGUGACCCGAUCGGCUCGGUCACGCGACGAGCAACAGCGUCAGCACUUUCGUGCCCGCCAGAAGUCUGUCGAUUAUCGCGGCACCGCGUCGUCGAUUCUGAAUCACCGGUCGAAUGGACAGACCGACGGACGGAUGGACGACGGAUGGACGGACGGAUAGGUAGUAGAGAUGGAUGCACGGACGGACGGACGGACGCGGAUGGAUGGAUGGAUUAUUCUAUUGCGCGAUUGCUUGGACGGAGCACGGCCGCUCGCUUCAUCCUCGGCUUCUUGAUGCGGCAGGCGGGCGAGAAGAAUUCGCGGGAUUCUGAAGACACGGCUGGAUUCUAGCAUCCUCGAAUUCUUCCCUCCCACCUAGUUUCUCUCCUUUUUCGUAUCCUUCCCACAUCUCGCCCACAGUUAUGUCUUGUUUCUUUAUGCUCCUCUCCCGAUUUCCGUUAACGAUUUUUACUGAGUGACCGACGAACCUGCAUUUCGUUAGAUGCCAGGCGUCAGAUGACACAGUUGUAAUGCAGCUGACUGCUCGUUGUUGUUGUUGUUUGGACAAUAUGUCGCGUGUUCACACACAUGUGCGAACAAGAGUUUUGCACCACCUUUUGAUUAUGGAUCUCCUGUACAAAAUAUGUUGGAGCGGCACGAGGAAACGUGAAAGUAUAUAUACUCAGUGCUGUUAUAAGGACCUUUCGCAAACCCUUUCAUAAUAAUGAGUCUUUGUACUUCUAGUGCUUGACGGGUUUACAAAUUGUUUUUUUAUUUUUUUAUUUCUUUGAUCAAUACCUCGCGAAUUUCUGAAGUAAUUUGGUAUACUUAAGAUCCUGCGAUUUCUUCGAAUUAUUAGAGUUUUUAGACCCGAAGAGAAUAAAAACUUGCCGUGCACUUUUGAAUUUUCAAUUGUCUAAAAUUAUUAACAGAACAUGAAAAUGUUCUCAGAAUCUCGAGAUGUUUCGAUUUUUCUUUUCGAUACUGCGAUUGCCAAUAAAGUCGAGUUAUUUGUACAUUGCUGAAUCUUCGAAUCGCUAAAUAACCAAAUAUACUCGAACGCUUCAUCUUCCACGGCUCCUCGAUCGCCGCUCUUCAACGCAAACACAACUGCCGUUCUACAAACAAGAAGAUGAUGCAAAACUACCUUGAUACACAUUUUACAGCGUCCACUUUCUAAUCCACCCUUCGCGACGUCGCCACGUCUUAAAUACCUAACGAGACUCCCUCGUGACGUAUUCCAUUUGUCUCCGCCCGCCGUAACCAUCCGUCGCGAUUUUCAAUCGUGAUAAAACUCACGCACAUUUUCUUUCUUUAUUUUUUUUUCUGUUAAAUUAACAGGUAGAAAAAUUUCGAUCGAAGAGUAACUUGCUUUUUAUUAUUUGCACGCUCAGUUUAUGUACGUGAUAUUUCCAGCAAUUUGAACGAUAAUUAUUUAUACACACGCAACACGUCAUACACGCUUCAUACUUGCUUCCGAAAACACGGAAGAAAGUGUAGAACGAUGUUGCGUAUUUAUAUGUAAACACAAUCAUCAUUUUCGUUGGUAGAACAUAUAUAAACUUUAGCUUUGUAUGCAUCGUACACGAAAAUUGAGUAUGCAAACAAUAAAAAACAAAGGUUGCCUUUUAUCUCCUGUUUACUCCAAGAUCGCAUGCAAAGCGACGCCUCGAGGAUUCUAUACGCAUGUAAUAUCGGCGUGAAACUCCAUGAGUGUAACUAGAAAACUUCUUUCUGGAUAUUUAGAAACAAUAGAUCUUGGCAAUUCCGUUAAUUUUUUUCAGAUAUGUUGAAAACAUUCAAUGACUUAAUUUAUAAUUAUCGGAAUGUUUGAAUCUUUAAAAAUUUGGAUUAUAUAUAAGAUUAUGUAUUAUUUUCACAUGCGUCAUUUUCAGUUAUUCGAUAAUCGAUCACGUCUUAUCAGUUUCGCGCGACGUGAAUCAACAUACGGCGGAGUUGCCGAAUCAUUCCUUAGGAAGAGACGAUCAUUAUUGUAAAGAAAAGGGGAGGGAGAGAAAGGGAGAAAUAUACGUGAGUGAAGAGAGGGCGAAGAGAGCAACCACUCCGUGAGCAGCAAAAAAAAAAACAAAAGCGAAUAUAUGAUAAUAUUAAUAUUAAUAAUAAUGAUAAAUAAUAAUUAUUAUAUAAUUAUAAUUAUUAUAGUACCGAAUCAUUACCAUAAUUUAUAUACCUAAUGAAAAAACUGCAUGUCAGUGAUGCAUGGAGAAACCAAAUACCUUGUAAGUAAAAAAAACUUUAGAAGGAAAUAAAAGUAAUGCUUUCAGUCGA